UGGUGAGGAGACGAUCGGGGUUGAGCACACAUAUGCAACGACGAUCCACCAAUUCCGUAUCUCGCAGCGUGCAGGUGAUCAUGGUGAUUGCCAUUUCCACUGCGGGGAUGUAUUUACAUAAUAUGCAUCACCACAAAUGUCGAUAUCACAAAGACCAGAUUGAUCGCUUAGCUCCGGGCGUGCUAGACAUGUCGUGUGGAUAUCGGAGGGGAUUCGUGUUCGGGGAUCGGCAUUUUGCCGCGAUCGAUGCACGAAGGCGAGGCGCGCCUGGACAAAGGCCGCCGGUAUGGACAUGACGGGCGAUGUCUUGUAGUCAGAUUGCAACCACACGCGCUAUUGAGGUCGCGUUGGGCUAUCACGAAGGCGGCGUUGGUCAGAGACACUGCUGCACCCAGAGCGAAAGAUUGGAGGCGCAGGUGCAGGUGCAGUCCCAACGUCCCAAGCGUGCCCAAGCAGUGGCCUCCAGGGCACCGAUCGCGAGAAUGUGUUGUUAAUGAGGACAACCAGGUUAUGCUGGGCUUGGCAGAUCGGAUACCGUGCCGGAGGAUCAAAAGUUUGGAUGAACGCGGCGUUGGUCGGUCAAAGAGAGUUUCGAACCCUCUUUUCCCUCUUUGGGUCGGGUGUGCGUCAGUGGUAAGCUGCGCUACCUACUGUAUCACGGUGCCACCGACGGCACCUGAUGUACAUGCGGUAACAAAAAAUACAAGUGGAUCCACCCAUGGCAUAAUGAAGAUGCCAUCGUGUAGUUCUAUGCACAGCUGCAGCUUUCGGCAUCUUGAUCGAACAGCCGUACGAUAGCAACAAGACAUGGCAACAUCGACGAGUCGGGGAAACCUCAGUUGGCAAAGCGACCAUGCGUUCAACGCAGUCCGGACUGUCUACUCUUCGGGUGAU